UUAAAUCCUGACAUGAUUGUAAAAUGCCCCAAAGGCUUAGGCCUACAUUACUAGACUCGAUCUACACCUUCUAAUCCAGAUCUAGACUAGACCAGAUGCCUAACGAGAAUUUAUUUUCACCAUUUUCAGACACUUUUAAAUGUCUUUAGUCGGCUUUAGCUCGUAAGCUGACCCCACUACAUCGUUUUUAAAAGCUGCACAGGACACCCAUAAGGAAUGGAUGUUUUUUCUGUAAAGUUAAAAAGCUAUUUAUUUAAAUCACUUAACUUCUGGAAGUAGCUACUUGUAUUCAAGUAAAAAUCUAAGAAUGUCCAGUGCAGGUGAUGAAGUUGAUGUAAACAAUCACUUAGACAAGAAAGGAAACCGCUUAAAACCAGAACCCCAUGAUACUGAUAUCUCAGUAGAGGCUAGCAAAAUUUCAAAAGGUGGAUAUGAUGAUUCAUCAGAGGGGGAGACAAUCUUGGACGGGCAGGUGACAAUAUCGGGGAAGGAGAAACACAUGCAGCUGAAAUCAAAUGGACUUAAGAUUGCUGCCUGUAAAGUGAAUCUAAAGAAGGACAAACCCGAAGUUCUCUUUCUGCCUUGGAGAGAUGUGAUUUCAGUUGCCAAAGAUUCAAAGUCUUCACACCAACCUAACUCAUCUUUCAUUAUUCAUUACAUACAAAACCGAUCCAAUUGCAUUUUAAGACUAACAUCUUUAAAGAUAGAAGAUGCUGGUGGACAUGCUGAGAAAUGGGUCAGCGUCAUUCAAGACCAGUAUAACAAAGUGAGGGGGCGUCCGCACAAGCUUUUUGUUCUCAUAAAUCCCAUCGGAGGAGCUGGUAGAGCCAGGCAGAUCUACCACAAAAGUGUGGCCCCUAUCUUUGAACUGGCACAGAUAGCUACUACAGUUGUAGCAACUGAAAGAUCCAAACAUGCCCUAGAAAUUGGAGAAACCCAUGAUUUUUCAUCAUACGAUGGCAUUGUGAUAGUAGGUGGUGAUGGGUUGUACCAGGAACUGUUACAAGGUUUCACAGUACAGACACAGAAAAAAGCUGGUGUCAACUACCAUAGUCCAGACACCAAGUUUGUUCCUCCUCCCAUCCCUAUUGGUAUCAUUCCUGCUGGUACAGGAAAUGGUGUCAGUAGAUGGAUCAAUGGGACUAUUGAUUUUGAAACAUCGGCAUUAAAUAUAGUUAGAGGUGAACAUCAUAGAGGCCAGAUUUUUACAGUACACAGUGAUGAUAAAUUUAUAUGUGUCAGUGCCCUAGUGUUUGGCUAUGGAAUGUUCUCAGACAUGAUCAAAAGAACUGAUGAAUUAAGGUGGAUGAAAAGGGCUCGAUAUCCAUAUGCUGCUGUUGUAACCUUGUUUAAAAAGAAGAGACUUUUCAAAUGUGAGUUAACAUACUGUGUCUCGGAUGAGAAAACAAGUCACAUAAACAAUAGUACUGAGGAUGUAAAUAGUGAUGGAGACACACUAUCAGGGAACCAGAAAGAAGAGUGGUUGACGUAUACAAAAAGCAAUCACACUUACUGUGGUAUAUUCAGCUUCACCUGUGAUACAAUAGUUAAUGGAGACAGUUUGGUGUUAAAUCCAUUUGGCACACAUGUCCAACUUGGCAUCGACACUGGCUGUGGCCAGAUUGCCUUGUUGAAAAAUUUACUCAAGUUUUCUUCAGGCAAAAAGACUUCAUCCACCACGCCAGAGAACCUAGACUUUAUUUCUAACGUGACAGCGUUUAAAAUCAAAUUGCUGAGAGACGAGGAGUCUGAAGAUCACCUGACAGGUGCACAGGCCCAGAGCAGGGAGCUGGAGAAGCUUCUAGACAUUGACGGAGAAGUUGUUUGCUUGGAGAAACCAGAGAUGGAUGUCAGGCUUCAUGUUUCAUUUGUUCCACUGUAUGGGAAGGCUAAAGUUAUCAAAACAGAAUGAGUUAAUGGAUUAUCAAAACGCUCAAGUAAAAAAAAAAAAUUUCUCCGAACUCAAUCAUUUGUUAUACUGUACAGUGUUGAAGAUUGAAAUAUUAGGAUUGGAUUAGUUAGAUCUCAUAUAUAAAAAUACGAAAACAUAAAAUGUUGCAUUGAGAGUCUUGUGUGUGUCUUUGUACCAAUAUUUGUUCACGACUUGGUGUUUGAAAUCACUCUAUUUUUACACCAGACCUCCCCCCCUCCCCCUCUGUGCCUCUCUGUGUGCCUUUUUUUUGUUUUUCCUUUUAGUAUUAAAUGGCCUGCUGUCUCUGUACCA